UCUCUUUGUCAAUGUUAACGUAACUAGUCAGUCAUUUGGCCUUUUGUUCAACUUUCUUACACAAGCCACACAUUUUAUCCGUACUCACCUAACUCUCUCCACCUUACUUUCCAAUUUAUUUAUAUCACCUUCCCUUCUUCCCAUUACACCAAUCUCUCCUUAUUUAUUUUUUUCCUCUAUUUCACACACACCCUUUUUCCUCUUCAUAAAAAAACAUACAAUUUUCUAUCCCAAAUUACAAACCAAAAAAAAAAAGAAAAGACCAAGAAAAUGGCUAGUGUAGCUACUGUUGAAGCCCAAAAGGCAGAGAUAUCAUCUACUGUAAUUCCUCCUUCAAAUCAAAAUCAAUCAUCUGAAGAGCUGCAUGUAUUUAGAUCAAGAUUACCAGAUAUAGUCAUUUCUAAUGACAUCCCACUUCAUGUUUACUUGUUUGAAAAGUUGUCUGAGUUUCAAGAAAGGACAUGUCUUAUUGCUGGCAACACUGGACAAACUUUCACUUUUGGUGAAACUCAUUUCAUCUGCCAGAAAAUUGCUGCUGGCUUAACAAGUAUAGGCAUCAAGAAAGGAGAUGUCAUCAUGACUUUUCUCCAGAACUGCACGGAAUUCGUGUUUACUUUUCUGGCUGCUUCUAUGAUUGGCUCUGUCAUCACUACAGCUAAUCCGUUCUACACAAAAUCAGAGGCCUUUAAGCAGUUAAAAGCCUCUAAUGCAAAGUUGAUCGUCACACAAUCACAGUACGUGGAUAAAUUCCGCGAUCCUGUUGAGAAUGAUCCGAAGAUCAAUGAAGAUUUUUUGGUUGUCACAAUCGAUGAUCCGCCAGAGAACUGUCUGCAUUUCUCAGUACUUGCUGAAGCUAAUGCGGAUGACAUGCCAAAAGGAGUUGUUAUCCAACCUGAGGACCCCGUGGCUCUCCCGUUUUCGUCAGGGACCACGGGGUUGCCAAAAGGCGUGAUAUUAACUCACAAAAGUUUGAUCACUGGUGUGGCUCAAUUAGUCGAUGGUGACAACCCCAACCUUUACUUGAAGCACGAAGACGUUGUGUUGUGCGUGCUUCCUCUGUUCCACAUAUUCGCGCUGAAUUCGGUGCUUUUGGUCUCUCUUAGAGCCGGGGCUAGCGUGCUGUUGAUGCAAAAAUUUGAGAUAGGUACGCUGCUGGAGCUGAUACAAAAGCAUCGAGUUUCAGUCGCUGCUGUAGUUCCGCCCCUGGUUCUUGCAUUGGCCAAAAAUCCGAUGGUGGAUUCGUUCGAUUUGAGCUCGAUAAGGCUCGUGCUGUCCGGGGCCGCGCCGCUAGGGAAAGAGCUGGAGGAAGCUCUCCAUCGAAGAGUCCCGCAAGCCAUAUUCGGACAGGGAUAUGGUAUGACAGAGGCAGGACCAGUAGUAACAAUGUGUCUAUCAUUUGCAAAGCAACCUCUUUCAACCAAGUCAGGUUCAUGUGGGUCUGUGGUUCGAAAUGCGGACCUUAAGGUGGUCGACCCCGAAACCGGUGGCUCCCUUGACCGCAACCAACCCGGUGAAAUUUGCAUUCGCGGUUCUCAAAUCAUGAAAGGUUAUUUGAAUGAUGAUGAGGCCACUGCACGAACCAUUGACGUUGAUGGAUGGCUCCACACUGGCGAUAUAGGAUAUGUUGAUGACGAUGAUGAAAUAUACAUCGUCGAUAGAGUCAAAGAACUCAUCAAGUUCAAAGGUUUCCAGGUGCCACCAGCUGAGCUUGAGUCACUUCUAGUAAGCCAUCCAGAUAUUGCAGAUGCUGCUGUUGUGCCGCAAAAGGAUGAUGCUGCAGGGGAAGUGCCGGUUGCAUUUGUAGUCCGUUCGGCCCAAGGCUUUGAACUUACUGAAGAAGCUAUAAAGGAAUUUAUUGCCAAACAGGUGGUGUUCUAUAAGAAAUUGCACAAGGUGUAUUUUAUUCAUGCAAUUCCAAAGUCUCCAUCUGGAAAGAUACUGAGGAAAGAACUGAGAGCCAAACUGGCUGCAACUCACUCCUAAUUAUGCACUCUUCUGUAUUCAAUGACUAAUUAUGUGAAUGUUGUUCCACUUCUUCUUCUUCUUCUUCAUUUUAUUUUAUUCUCUUUUUGUGUAUGUGAAGUCUCUGGAUUCUUUGAAAGUAAAACUUUCUAGUUUAUAUAUUCAUGCACCAUUAUUUGUCAA